GUAAAAUACUAAUUUUACUUUAAUAAAUAAUGAUACAUAAUUUUAUUUUAGGAUUAUUACCUACAUAUUCAAUGGUAUAGGUAUUUUAUGUUUGGCUCUAAACGUUUACGUUUUCAUAAAAAUUUUUGGCUGGAACUAUUACCAAUAUUAUUUUUUUAAAGAUUUUCAAUUUUUCUUUUUAAAUUUGUCAAUUUAUUCAGCAUCAGAACUUUUCUAUUCAUUGAGAGGCAUGUUUUUUGAUCUCAAUCAAGAUUUAUUAUCCAUUUAUGAUAAGCAGGAUGAUUAUCAGGCAACUACCAAAAUUGAUGGUAUUGAUAUUUCUGCAGCCACAUUGGCAACUGAUUUAAAUCUGAACAAAAUCAAAGUCAUCUAUCUUUACAAACCACCAAAAUGCCUUGCAACGCUUAAAAAAAUAACCAAAAAGCACAAUGAGCUUUGCCAUCUAGCAGAUCAUUUAAACGAUUACGUUGGCAUUCUAAUAUUUUUACAAAUUGUUAGCAUUAUAGCUAACAUCGUAUGGUCAAUUACGGUAUUGUUUGAAUAUGACAUACGUGAAGUAGCUUUGAAGAAAAUUGAUCCUCCUAUGACAGCAUGGCUUUGUCAUAUUUUAUAUAAUUUAUUAUGGGUUUUAUCCAUGAUGGGUCAAACAAUUUUUAUAUCAUUGGUGGGACGUGCUUUGACACUAGAAGGCCGUAAUACAAGCAUUUACAGCUAUAAAAUUUUGGAAAAUAAAUGGUUCCAAGCUCAAGACGGUGAGGAGGCUCUUAUUAAAAGCCAGCUAAUAUUGUUAACUAAGCAAGCUGAAACAAGAUGUCCAGUAUUGAGCGCUGCGGGAUUUUUCGUAGUCGAUUUGGAAAUUCUAGGAUUGGUCUUGGCCAAUGUUUUCGCUUUCGGAAUUGUUGCUGUACAAUUUGUUUUAAGUGAACAUUAAUUGUUUUUAGCUUAGUUUAGUAAUUAACUUGAAAUUUUGUCGCUGCUGCUACUGUGCUUGUUUUGCGUGACUGUAAAGUAUAGCUAGGAUCUCGCUCUCUUUCUGGUGACUCUCAACCUUCAAAGGAGAACCAGGAAAAUUACAUUUUUUUUAAAUUAUAAAGUCAAUUAGUUUAAUAA